AUGCAGCCGUGUGCGAAAUGCUGCGAAUCAUUCUCAGAGAAGACUAGUCACGUUAGUUCAGACUUCGAUAGCAUGAUGAAUCCGAUGGAGGAACGGCAAAAAUCAUCAUGGCUAAGUCCGCUUCUGGAUUAUCCGUCGGCAUACGCUUCACCAAAUCCACCCACAGAUUUGGAGGAAUACUUAGACGCUAGCGAUGUACAGCCUCCCAGAUAUGAGGACACAUUUGCUAUGAGUGACUCAACGCCUAGUAUUCCCAGCAAAGACAAUUCCCGUAGUCCAUUAGAAAGGAGUCGCAAAGGGUCUCGACUUUCUGGUAUCCCCGAAGAAGAUAGCGGUGUGGGAUCAGAAAAUGGAGAUCCAUUGGGCAGAAGUCGACUGAAACUGCCUCCACCACCUCCCCGUCCUGCAGUACAACAAGGAGAUCCGUGGAACAAACCCACACGCAAUCCCUGGAGUCCGCCCCAGUCUCGUACUCGACCAGCCCCCACUGAAGAGAAACGAACAAGCGCUGGUGUUCCGCUACUUGAGGCACCUCUGCAGACUUCAGUGGAAGAAGAAGAACCCUCACAAUUGAGCGAUUCCCUUCUCUGCGGCCGCUCCAAAGCUGUUCGUUGCCUCAGACAAAGAAAGGCAAACGACGCUUUGAUAUUGUAG